AUGCACACAAUCCAUAAAUCUGUCGCCACCUACACCUUCUGGAGAUGGCCUUUGUGCGCGAUCGACUCACACCCAGGCUGGACAUUGAAGACAGAUUCAAGGUUGCGUUUUGGCUCACUGGCUUCCCUUAUAAAGGGUCACAGUGAAGAUAGAUUUGUGAGCUCACAUAAGGAUGCUUGUGAAGAAUUGGAUGCACUGGAUGAGCUCGUCAAAAGGAAGGCCUCCGAAAGGGAGCAGCCUCAAAAGGCAGAAGAAUAUUGUUAUAUAUCGUUGAGUGUUCUUCGAUUAACGGCUGCUUUCUAUAGGGUGCUUGAACGGGUAGCUGCAAUGUAUGCAACACGAAGAAGCGGGGUGAAUUCUCUUCUCGAGAUCAGAGCGAUCCAAGCAGAGGAAGUUCAUUCAACUGUGAGGGCAAUUUUAACGUCGAAAAAGAAGCUACCAACGACGACCACAGCUAAGAAGGUAACAUCACGGGCGCCGCAGUAUGGAACAACAUCAAAGGCACCCACAAAUACAAGAACGACUACAAAGACCUUGAAAACACCUUUCCCAUUUGCUCCGACAAACGCUCCCAAUGUUGAGGGUUCCUCUGCGCUUUGUAAAUCUGAUCGAACUUCGUGGCAAUGCACGUCAGUGCUAUUUGAUCCGUCAACGAAUCACCACAGCGCACCGCGGCAUUCAAAAGCGUCAGUUCAACAGACAUGA